UAAGCUUUGUCUUCUCUGGACAUAUGAAUAAGAAAUACCAAUGCCAAUGUGUCUUCUCAAUCACUCUGGUUGUAUUCAGCUCACUUCACUCUCCAACCAGCCCGAGUCUCGGUCUCCAGAGAGUCGGCACUCUUCCGAAGCUCAGAUGCGGAACCUCCCCUCCGCUGACCAGUGUCGCGAUUUCUGAACGGGGCACGCUUCCAGGGUCGCGAGCCGGGCCAAGACGGACACCUUUGUAAAUAUUCCGUGGCGCGCUUAGAAACGACAAAGUUGCCCGAAUCGUGCACUGGGUCCUGAAUUUGAAUGACAACAGAAAAUACCAAGUACAUAUGUACCUAGGUAUUCACAAAUGCUGAAUUAUAAGACCAUGGAGCCGAGACCGUCUCAGAUAUUGCGUGUUCUGUGCUUACCGCCAGGUCCAGAUUUUCUCAUUAUUAUCGCCUCUUGAUAAACUCGCUCGGGUAGCCAGUUCUCGCCCAGUGCCGGCAGCAAGACCAGCCACACGCAUCUGUUCCGGUACGCGGACCCACGAGCCACCGCAGAUCCUCUUUCAAGAUGGCACCCAUGUGGAAGCGCCUCGUCAGCGGCGUUUUGGCCGUGGCAUCUGUUGCCACGGGCGUGAGCGCGCAGUAUCCCAACCCGGGCCCGGUCUCCGGCGCAACCACCGUUCACGACCCGUCCGUUAUCAAGAGCUCAUCCGGUACCUAUAUUAUGGCACACACUGGAGACAAUGUAGCGCUGAAGACCUCUACCGAUCGAACCGUAUGGCGCGAGGCAGGAGCCGUAUUCCCCAACGGGGCAUCCUGGACUACUCCAUACACGAACGGCGACAAGAACCUCUGGGCCCCAGAUAUCUCAUUCCACAACAACCAGUAUUAUCUUUAUUACAGCGCCUCGAGCUUUGGCUCGCGAAAGUCCGCAAUCUUCCUGGCCACGAGCCCCACUGCCGCCUCGGGAUCGUGGACCAACCAGGGCUUGGUGAUCGAGUCCUCUGAUUCGGUCGACUACAACGCCAUUGACCCCAACCUCGUCGUCGACGCCUCAGGCAACUGGUGGCUGUCCUUCGGCUCAUUCUGGACGGGCAUCAAGAUGAUCUCCAUCAACCCCAGCACGGGCAAGCGCUCCGGGACGAACCUCAUCUCCCUCUCACGCCGCAGCACCAACGUCGACGGCGCCGUCGAGGCGCCCUACAUUACGCGCCGCGGCAACUACUACUACCUGUGGGUGUCGUUCGACAGGUGCUGCGCGGGUGCUUCCAGCACGUACCGUACCAUGGUCGGCCGGUCUACCAGCAUCACAGGUCCGUAUGUGGACAAGAGCGGUGUGAGCAUGGCCAACGGUGGCGGCACUGAGGUCAUGGCGAGCCACGGCUCGAUCCACGGGCCUGGCCACCCGUCUGUUUUUACGGACGCGGAUUCUGAUGUGUUUGUUUACCACUAUUACAACAAUGCGGGCACUGCGCUGCUGGGCAUCAACCUGAUUCGAUGGGAAUCGGACUGGCCGGUGAUCUACUGAGGGUGCUGUAGAUUUGGAUGUCGAUGACGGAAUGGGAGCAUGGACACGACUGGC